AUGUACCAGCAGCUGUCCUACAAACAGACCUACACACAGACCUACAGACAGGCCUACAGACAGACCUACAGACAGACCUACACACAGACCUACAGACAGGCCUACAGACAGGCCUACAGCACCCAUCACUGUGACAUGUACCAGCAGCUGUCCUACAGACAGACCUACAGACAGACCUACAGACAGACCUACAGACAGACCUACAGACAGGCCUACAGACAGACCUACAGACAGAUCUACAGACAGACCUACACACAGACCUACAGACAGGCCUACAGACAGGCCUACAGCACCCAUCACUGUGACAUGUACCAGCAGCUGUCCUACAGACAGACCUACAGACAGACCUACAGACAGACCUACAGACAGACCUACAGACAGACCUACACACAGACCUACAGACAGACCUACAGACAGACCUACACACAGACCUACAGACAGGCCUACAGCACCCAUCACUGUGACAUGUACCAGCAGCUGUCCUACAGACAGGCCUACAGACAGACCUACAGACAGACCUACAGACAGACCUACAGACAGACCUACAGACAGACCUACAGACAGGCCUACAGACAGACCUAUAGGACCCAUCACUGUGACAUGUACCAGCAGCUGUCCUACAGACAGGCCUACAGACAGACCUACAGACAGACCUACAGACAGACCUACAGACAGACCUACAGACAGGCCUACAGACAGACCUACAGACAGACCUACAGACAGGCCUACAGACAGACCUACAGACAGGCCUACAGACAGACCUACAGGACACAUCACUGUGACAUGACAAGGAAAAGCACAGGUAUAACACACGGUCUCAGACUGAACACCAUCGAGAUGCCAGUGGCAGUGACUCUGAGGAAGGAGAAAAAUCAAAGGAGAGGCCGUCGAUCACACCCGAAGGAAGGAGAGAGCUGA